UAGUACGACGGGCUGAGCCAAAGGCAGGAAAUUUUGAAGAACCCUAUUUUUCGCUUUUGAGCUCGGAAAGUUCACCAAAUCAAUAUGAAAGGAACGAAACGUUUCGCCGUGUCGGAAUCCAAACCUGUUGCCGGUGCCACCAAUGAUUCUGUCGAAUAGAAUGGAUACGGGAUAGAGUUGUUUCAUCUUGCUUUCCGGAGUAAAAGAAUAAUUGUAGGAUCUCCAUUUGAUGCUAACAAGACAGAGAUAUCUAACCAGCAAUCAAUGGCCACACCUUCUUUGAAUUUAGAACGAGCUGAGUCGUCUCGGCAGCAUGUGAGAGCUCUCAACACCCAAUUUGCAAGUUGGGUGCAAACACAAUUGAAAAACCACCCUGAUGAACUAUGGGAAGAUGGUGCCCGGGACUACUUAGCUCAUGCUUCAAGCAUCAUGGAGAAAUUCACUGAUGUUGUUUGCUGGCUCAAAGCAAAUGCUGCGAAAGGAGAAGGUGCACCUGCAGAAUUGCAGACUGCUGAAAAGAAAAAUAUACCAGAAACCAAGAAUACUGAGAAUAAAUUAUUUCAAGCGCAAACUGGGAUUCCUCCUGUUGGAACAACAACAAGCUUUGGGGCUUCGUGGAGUUCUGGGACAUUUUUCAACAAUCAGAAUUCAACAGGAGUAGUGCCCAACAGUCACAGAUCUGGUUUGUUGUCAAGUAGUCGAAGCUCUGGAGGGUUCUCCAACAGUCAAGGUUCAGGGGUUUUCUCCAGCAGUCAAAGCUUUGGAAUAUUCUCCACCAGCCAAAGCUCAGGAGUAUCCUUUAAUAGCCAAAGCUCUGGAGUAUCCUUUGAUAGCCAAGGCUCAGGAAUAUCCUUCAAUAGCCAAAGCUCGGGAGUAUCCUUUAACAGCCAAGGCUCGGGAGUAUCUUUCAAUAGCCAAAGCUCGGGAGUAUUCUCCAAUAGCCAAAGCUCGGGAGUAUCUUCCAAUAGCCAAAACUCUGUAUUAUUUUCCAACAGCCAAAGCCCUGGGCUAUUUUCCAGCAAUCAAAGCUCUGGGCUAUUUUCUAACAAUCAAAGUUCUGGGCUAUUCUCGAACAGUCAAAGCCCUGGAUUAUUCUCGAACAGUCAAAGCCCUGGGUUAUUCUCUAGCAGUUCAAGCCCUGGGUUUUUCUCGAGCAGUCAAAGCCCUGUUUCCUUUGGAAAUCAAAGUUUAGUUCCCACAACUUGUGAUGCUUCAAAUGAUGUGGACGGUGAUAAUGAAGAGGCACCUAGCAGUCCGUCUCUGAAGAAGUCUGAAGAACAGGGUGUUGUUGUAGUCCAUGAAGUCAAAUGCAAACUUUAUGUGAAGUCAAAUGAUCCAGCUGACAAAGAUCCAUGGAAAGAUAAAGGCACAGGGCAGCUUUCUAUCAAGUGCAAAGAGGGUGUUAGCAAGGGUACAAAAGAAUCCAAACCAACCAUUUUAGUUCGCAACGAUGUAGGAAAAUUGCUGCUUAAUGCUUUAAUAUACCCGGGCAUCAAGACGAAUUCACAAAAGAAUUCCAUUGUCGCAAUAUUUCAUACUGCAGGAGACGGUAGUGCAAAUGAUGGUGGUGAUGUCGUGGCACGUACCUUCUUGAUUAGAUUGAAAACAGAAGAUGAUCGAAAUAAACUAGCAACGGCAAUCCAAGACUGCGCCCCUUCAUCUUAAGAGUAGCUAAUAAGCAACAUCAUAUUUUGUUAUUGCACCACCUUCAGCUUCAACAAUGUACCAAUAGGUAGCAUGGAUUUUGCACCAUUAGUAUGUUUAUUGAAUUUUUCAGAGAAGCUUCUUGUUAGCUUGCUCUUUCUAAUGACCCCUCACCUCAGAAAGUAAAGGGUGCCUUCUUGAUAAAAAUUCUUGUAUUGCUCAAGAGAGAAAAGCUCUACUAAUUUUGUACCAUAAGAGAAUCAUGUUAGUGAUACUUUACAAGUCUAUAAUUUAUACUCAAAGCCGGUUUAGAGUUUACAUAUUUAUUAAUGUAUGUCGUUUUGAGGCA